AUGGGGGCCAGCGGGGGGAGCUGGCUCCAGCUGAAAACAUUGGAAGAGCCGUUUUGUCGGCCAUCCAACGAUUCAGCGGUAGUGCACCCUCAACUGGAAUCCAGCAAUGCACCUGGACCAAGUAGACCUGCCGUCUCCACUGGGAUACCGUACCGCUCGGUUCCUCUUCCAUCAGUUCCUCAAGCUCAUGCUACGCGCUCACAUUUUGUGAGAAAAAACAAGACCUGCAAACACUAUACAAAAGAUGUCGUGUGCUUGCCCUUGUCUUCAGCAUCAACGUUUCUCAUACCGAGAGGAGAUUCAAGAGCAAAACUAGCACAAGAUGGCCUUAUUGGGAAGAUCUCCUUUACAUCUGACUGGUCUGAAGCACAACUUAGAGAAGAAAUAGCAGCAAUCUUCAGAAGAACAUUUGCACUGUCAACUGGCCAGACAUUCCCUUUUGAGUAUUUGAGUACAAUUAGAGGAUGUAAACGACUAAUGAAACCAAAUGUUUCUAGCAGUUUUCUUUGGGGUGGCCAAGAAGUUGGCUCGAUUUGUUCCACCACCUGCCUCUAUAUAAUGGCAGGGAUAGAAAAACCUGCACAGGAGGAACCAGAAGAGCUGUCUGAUAGUGACUUUGAAAGUCCAGUCUGCCGGAGAAGACGAGCCCUAUUUUUCUGGAGGAAGAUGAAGCUCUUGAAGAGGCAAUUCAGCGUAGCCUCCUAGAAGAGUCUGAUAGACAGAGUGAAGUUCAUAUUUCAAGGUCUUUUAAGAAGCUCAGCAAAGAAGAAAUUGAAGGUCAUGGUGAGAAAGUCAUUACACCAGGAACAAGACAACUCCAUAUCAGUCGAGCCAAUGUGUGGUCGACUGCUUUGUGUCAGUUCAAGAGACCCAAGUUUGCAGAAAGCUGUGAGAUGCUUUAUGUCACAUUUGCAAGCGAUGAACAUGAUACAGAGGAAGAUGCUGCUGACCUUGGGGGGCC